AUGGCGUCCGCUAUUUCUUCUCUCACAAUCUCGUCGUCCUUCCUAGAACUCCGAACUCUGACUCGGAUCCAUUCAUCGAACCAAAGAGUUAUUCCAUUCUCAGUGACCAUUCCAUUCAAGUGUGAUUCGCAUAAUAGGAGAAGAUUGAGACUCCUCGUCGUCAAUUCGGUCUCGAUACCAAACGCAGAGCUUUGUACACGACCUGACGAUCUCGUUUCUUCCAUCCUCUCUAAAAUUGCGAACAACGACGGAGGUGUGACGUUGAGGAAAGAACAACAAAUCACACAAGUGGCUAAGGAGCAUCAGAAGUACUGUGUCGACGAGCCUGUGAAAUAUCCUCUCAUUUUCAAAGGGAAGAAGAAGAUUGAGUGGGAUGUGGUGUACUGCUCGAGACCUACAUCUCUGGGAGGCGGAUACAGAAGUGCACUGGGACGCCUCUUUUUCACGAUCAAAGAGAUGAUUCAAGCCAUUGAAGCUCCGGAUCUCGUCAGGAACAGAGUUGUGUUCACGGCUUAAUAAUCUCUCGACCGAGAGGUAUCAUUGAAAGGUGAGAUGGCAUCGAAGCUGAAAGUAUUGGACAGCGAGUGGGUUCAGGUGAUAUUCGAGCCGCCAGAGCUUAAAGUAGGAGCUCUUGAAUUCAGAUACGCAUUCGAAAGCCAAGUAAAGCUUCGGAUUACUUAUGUCGACCAGAACUUGGGAAUUGGUUCCAAAGGAUCCUUGUUUGUCUUUAGCAGGUGUCCAUGA